CGGCCCCUUUAAGAAGCCCGGGGACUCGACUGUUGCAAGCAACGCGGCUUGUUUGGUGCAAGCCGGGCUGCUGGGAAGCUUUGGGGAUCUCUGCCCCCGGUCCCUCCCCACCCCGGCUCGCAGGGGAGGAGCAGGCAGCCUGCAGGAGCCGCCGCCAGAGCCGGCUCGCAAACUUGCUCUUUUGCAAGGGCUCCGGAGCAGAGCGCCGCCGCCGCAGACAGACAUCUUAGAAAGGGAGAGAGGAGAGCCGAGGAGAGGGGAGGUUUCCGGGGAAAACAGACCCCCCCCCCCCCGGCUCUGGAUUUAUAAACACAGCGGCAGAUGGAAGGGGAGCGAGACCGAGCCGCGCGCUCCUCCUCCAGCAAUUGAUCCAGGGGAUAUUUGGAUUGUUUUUUCUCUUCCUCCCCAUCCAAACACACUUGCUCAUUUCCUUCCCAAACUCCCCCCCCCCCUUCUUACUUUACGGAUCCUCGUUAUACAAGGAGAGAAGGAGGAGGAAGAUUUGAAAGAAGAAGCGAUUAGCAAAGGCACUAGUUGUAGGGUGACGUGGCCAACAGGCGCAUAAUGAAGAGGAGCUUUUGGAUUUCCUAGUUCUUCGAGACGGAGAUUCAAAGGAGACGAACCUCCCAUCUGCUUCUUUGCCAUGUCUGGAUCUACUCAGCCCGUGACGCAGAACUGGCGAGCCACCGAGCCACGCUAUCCCCCUCACGCCAUGUCCUAUCCUGUUCAGAUCAGUCGGACACAUGCGGAUGUGGGUCUGUUAGAGUAUCAGCAUCAUCCCAGGGAUUACACUUCCCACCUACCACCUGGAUCUAUUAUGCAGCCGCAGCGGAGGAGGCCUUCCUUGCUGUCUGAAUUCCAGCCAGGGAAUGAAAGGGCGCAGGAGUUACACCUGAGAGCCGAGCCCCACUCCUAUCUCUCUGACAUGAGCAAACAGUCAGAAAUAGAGUUCAUUGAAACCAAACGACCGCGGCUGGACCUGCUGCAAGACUCGCUGAUGCGGCACUCGCCUCUACUCAACCAAAAUCAGCAGGGAGGGACGGAAGAUCUCUCAAAGGAGCGAAGUCUGACAGGCAAGCUGGGACCCGUGUCUCCGGUCAGCCCCGCCCACCCUGACUCGGAGCUGGAUCUGUUACCCUCCAGGCUCUCGAAGGAGGAGCUGAUCCAGAACAUGGACCGAGUGGAUCGGGAGAUCACCAUGGUGGAACAGCAGAUCUCCAAGCUGAAAAAGAAACAGCAACAGUUGGAGGAGGAAGCAGCCAAACCACCGGAGCCUGAGAAACCGAUGUCACCCCCGCCUAUUGAGUCCAAGCAUCGCAGCUUAGUGCAGAUAAUCUAUGAUGAGAACAGGAAAAAAGCAGAAGCGGCCCACAGGAUCCUGGAAGGACUGGGUCCCCAAGUGGAACUGCCAUUAUACAACCAGCCUUCAGACACCAGGCAGUACCAUGAAAACAUUAAAAUAAACCAGGCAAUGCGGAAGAAGUUAAUUUUGUACUUUAAGAGGAGAAAUCAUGCUCGUAAACAGUGGGAACAGAAGUUUUGCCAGCGGUAUGACCAGCUGAUGGAAGCCUGGGAAAAGAAAGUGGAGCGCAUUGAAAAUAACCCCCGGCGCCGUGCCAAGGAGAGCAAAGUGCGGGAGUACUAUGAGAAGCAGUUCCCAGAGAUCCGGAAGCAGCGGGAACUGCAGGAGCGCAUGCAGAGCAGGGUAGGACAGAGGGGCAGUGGUCUCUCCAUGUCGGCCGCACGCAGCGAACACGAGGUGUCAGAAAUUAUUGAUGGGCUCUCGGAACAAGAGAACCUGGAGAAGCAGAUGCGCCAGCUAGCCGUCAUCCCCCCCAUGCUAUACGAUGCUGACCAGCAGCGCAUUAAAUUCAUCAACAUGAACGGCCUGAUGGACGACCCCAUGAAGGUGUAUAAAGACCGACAGGUGAUGAACAUGUGGAGCGAACAGGAGAAGGAGACCUUUCGGGAAAAGUUCAUGCAGCAUCCAAAGAAUUUUGGUGUGAUUGCUUCAUUUUUGGACAGGAAGACGGUGGCAGACUGCGUGCUCUAUUAUUACCUGACCAAGAAGAGUGAGAACUACAAGAACCUGGUGAGGAGGAAUUAUCGACGAAGGGGGAAGAAUCAGCGCGACCACGUUAUUCCAGCCGAUUGCAAAAUCGUAAGAGGAAUGUUGUGGUUAGUUUACGGCUUAACUAUGCAAAUCGUCAGGAAGCCUCCCGAGCCGGAGAAUGUAGACGCACCCCGCCCGGCUGGCAGGGCUGUGAGGGGGAGCGGGAAGCGCCGGGAGCCGGCCAUGGGGCUGUACGGGAGCAGUAGCUCGCACGAGGCAGGGUCCGGGAUGGAGCUGGAACAGCAGCAGCAGCAGCAGAUGCCCCGUAGCAGCCAAGAGGAGAAGGAUGAAAAAGAGAAAGAAAAGGAGAAGGAGGCAGAGAAGGAGGAAGACAAACAGGAAGCAGAAAACGACAAAGAAGAACUGACAAAGGAGAAGAAUGACGACACGUCCGGGGAGGAUAACGACGAGAAAGAAGCCGUCGCUUCCAAAGGGCGUAAAACCGCCAACAGUCAGGGCAGGCGCAAAGGCCGCAUCACCCGUUCCAUGGCUAACGAGGCCAACCACGAGGAGGCAGCCGCUCCGCAGCAGAACACAGAGCUGGCUUCUUUGGAGAUGAAUGAAAGUUCUCGCUGGACAGAAGAAGAAAUGGAAACGGCCAAAAAAGGUCUCCUUGAACAUGGGCGGAACUGGUCGGCCAUUGCCAGGAUGGUGGGCUCCAAGACUGUGUCGCAGUGCAAAAACUUCUAUUUCAACUACAAGAAAAGACAGAACCUGGACGAGAUCCUACAGCAGCACAAACUAAAAAUGGAGAAAGAAAGGAACGCAAGGCGGAAGAAGAAGAAAGCCCCUGCCGUUCAGAAUGAAGAAGCUGCCUUCCCUCCCACGGCAGAGGACGAGGAGAUGGAGGUAUCGGGGACAAGCGGCAACGAAGAGGAGAUGGCCGAGGAGGCGGAAGCUGCAGUAAAUCACAGCUCGGAUACCGAGAGUAUUCCCUCGCCGAGGCCUGAAGCCAAAGAAAGUGGAGAGAAUGGGCCCAAGCCCACGCCUGGGCCUGGGAGAGACUCCGGUCCAGAACCUGCCCUCAAGGCGGAGGAUGCUGAUGCUGCUACUGCAGCUAAUCCCACCGCUGCCACCACCCCACAGCCCCAGGAGGCAGCAGCCGAGCCAGCCAGCAGUGAGGAGAAGCCGCAGGAGGAGCUGGUGGUAGACGUGGUGAAAACGGAGGAUCCGGAGGAGAAGCCAAGCGAGGAGCCCUGCAAGAGCGAAAUCAAAAAGGAGGAGACCGAGGACUGCCCGGAGGGAGACAAGGCGAGCGACAAGAAAACAGAGAGCGUCAGCAGCGCGGCGGGAGCAGAGGUGGCGCCCAAAGCUGAGAAAAAGGAGAGUCAUAAACCGGGCAAAGCCGCCGGGCUUAACCCCGACAGCGACUCCAGCGCCACCUGCAGCGCAGACGAGAUGGACGAGCAGGAUGCCGUGGACAAAAACAGGCUGCUGUCUCCGAGGCCCAGCCUCCUCAACGCUGCCGCCGAUGCCAGGCUGAACUCUUCGCCUCAGAAACCAUUGGACCUGAAGCAGCUGAAGCAGAGAGCUGCUGCCAUCCCCCCCAUUAUUUCCGAGGGAUUCCCAGACGGGACGUUACAGAGCGGAAGCAUGAAGCCUCAGGUGCCGCACCACGCCUUGGCCCUCUACCAGCAGCAGAUCACUAAAGCCCAUGAAUCUGCCCGGGACGAGGUGGCCCAGAGCAAGCAGCAACAGCAGCAGCCUGAGCCGGAGCAGCAGGCAAGCAGUAGCCCCAGGGGAAAGAGCAGGAGCCCAGCCGUGGGUGACAAAGAAGAAAAACCAGUGCCUUUCUCGUCACUUGCAGAGGGACCGAAGCUAAGCGGAGAGCAGACUGCCACGUCGUGCUGGCCCCCCGUGCUGCCAUACCAAGUGUCCUCUAGGGAUGUGAUCAAAACCUCCCCGCAAGCUGAGCCACAUGUGUUUCAGUAUAACCUGCCAGCUCACCCAAUCCCAUUAAAUUUGCACGAGAGCUCUCGGUCUGGGCUACAAAGAUUGUCCAACAUCUCCAAUCCUCCCCCUCUCAUCUCUUCCACCAAACACCCAUCUGUUCUGGAGCGGCCCAUCAGCUCCAUUUCCCAGGUAAGAUGCCAUCCCGGUGCCGCGGUACUCUCACUGCCUUUUCCUGGAGUAAAGCAGGAACAACUUUCUCCUAGAAGCCAGGCCAACCAGCCUGAAAGUCUGGUAAUGCAGACGUCCCAAGAGAGCUCCAUCCUGAGGGGGGCGUCACUGGGCUCAACCCCAGGCGGGAGCAUCAGCAAGGGGCUCCCCAGUGCCAGGCCUCCGUCGGAAUCGCCCAUCACCUAUCGGGGAUCCAUCACGCACGGCACCCCAGCUGAAGUGCUGUACAAAGGAACCAUUACCAGACUGAUCGGAGAAGAUAGCCCCGGCAGAGCAGAGAAGGCGAGAGAGGAUGCCUUGACCAAAGGACAUGUCAUCUACGAAGGGAAGAAGGGCCACGUGCUCUCCUAUGACGGUAAGCUGGAGUCCUCUCUGGUUUUUGGGAAGGGCGGGGGGGCAUCAGGUUCAUGCACUAAUGUUCGGGAGCUAGAAUGUUUGGGAAAACAUUACAAAGCGUGUCUUGCCGGGAUCCCGUUUAUAUUUCCAGACUGCACCGCGGGAAGCCAGUCGUCCCUGGGAACCGAAGGGGACGACUCGCUGUUGCCGGCCGAGGAACUGCUGGAGGCGGAGCAGAAGGGACACAAGAGGGACCCCACGUCCAACCCUGGAGACGAGGCCAUAGGGGCUGGGACGAGGUCUUUGGCUGUUCUAGGUCUAAUGGGUCGAGCGAUCCCCCCUGACAGACACAGUCCCCAUAACUUAAAGGAGCAGCAUCAUAUCCGGGGCUCAAUUACACAAGGAAUCCCACGAUCCUACGUGGAGGGCCACGAGGACUACCUCAGAAGAGAAGCCAAACAGCUCAAGAGGGAAAACACUCCCCCAAGGGACUUAUCCGACACUUACAAAGUCAGGCCUCACGAGGGCCUCGCUCCCUUGAAAAUGAAAGCAGCUCACGAAGGCCUCGUUGCCACUGUGAAGGAAGCAGGAAGAUCAAUCCACGAGAUUCCCAGGGAAGAGUUAAGGCGCACGCCUGACAUCCCGGUGGCAGCAAGGCCUCUGAAGGAAGGAUCCAUCACACAGGGUACCCCGCUGAAAUACGACAGCAACUCUUCUUCAGUAAGUGCCAAAAAGCAUGAUGUCCUGUCGAUCAUCGGGAGCCCAGGGAGGACUUUUCACUCUGUGCACUCGCUGGACGUCAUGCAAGACCCAAGGACUCUGGAAAGAGUUUGUUACGAGGAGAGCCUGAAAAGCAGGCCCAGCCCAGUUACAAACUCUGGAGGUUCAAUUACCAGGGGAGCCCCCGUGAUUGUCCCUGAGCCCGGAAAGCCUCGCCGUAGCCCGCUUACCUACGAGGACCACGGGGCAGCGUUUAGUAGCCAUCUGCAUCGAGGUUCUCCGGUAUCCACAAGGGAGUCGACCCCAAGGCAGCAUGAAGGGAGCAUCACGGCUGGGAAGCCGGUGUCCCAGGACAGAAAGAUCACCCCCACGACAAGAGAUAUCACCAAUUCCAAGUCUCCUCACGCUACUCUAUCGGACCAUCACCAUCCCAUCUCCCCCUACGAACAUUUACUCCGGGGAAUGAGUGGUGUCGAUUUGUACAGAGGACACAUUCCAUUGGCCUUCGACCCCGCUGCAAUUCCCAGGGGAAUUCAACUGGAAGCAGCUGCUGCUUACUACUUGCCCAGGCAUCUCACUCCAAGCCCGACGUACCCCCAUCUCUACCCUCCAUACCUCAUCAGAGGGUAUCCAGACACUGCCGCCAUGGAGAACAGGCAGACCAUCAUCAACGACUACAUCACCUCCCAGCAGAUGCACCAGAACGCCGCCGCCACUGCCAUGGCUCAGAGGGCAGACAUGCUGCGCGGACUUUCGCCCCGAGAACCCUCGCUGGCUCUCAACUAUGCUGCAGGUCCUCGAAGGAUCAUCGACCUGUCCCAAGUGCCGCACCUGCCCGUCCUCGUGCCCCCCACACCUGGCACCUCCGCCGCCUCGAUGGACCGAAUCACGUACAUCCCCAGCGCCCCCCAGACAUUUAGCAGCCGGCACAGCAGUUCCCCGCUCUCCCCAGGAGGCCCCACGCACAUGACCAAACAGACAGGAGCAUCGGCGUCCGAACGAGAUCGGGAGCGCGAGAGGGAGCGCGAGAAAUCCUUCCUAGCAGCCACCACUGUGGAGCAUGCGCCCAUCUGGAGACCAGGGACCGAGCAAAGCAGCAGCCGUUCAGCCACUCACUCUCACAGCCACCAGCACUCUCCCGCCUCGCCCCGCACCCACGAGACCGUCCAGCAGCGCCCCAGCGUGCUGCACAACACGGGCAUGAAGGUCACCUCGUCGGAGAGCCUCACCCCAUCGGUUCUGCGAUCCUCCACCACCACCACCACCACAUCGCCCAUCCGCUCUGCAGGCUUUCCCACGGCAUCCGCCCUGCGCUGCUCCCUCGGUGGAGUGGACAGCUAUGCAGCCAUGAUGGACCCUGCUCUCCUACAGAAAGAGGUGUCCAGGGCCCGAGAAGCCAAGGUAGAACGCCCUCAGACUGACAACAACAUGUUCACCUCAAAGCUGCCCAGUGGGGCAGGCCUAGAACAGUCAUCAUCACCUAUUAAAGCCAUGGAGUCCAGGCCCUUACCAGCCUCCGGGCCAGGUUCUACCCAGCAGUAUAGCAGAGGACAGGGGAAAAACCAGCACCAUCAUCCACCCCUGGACCAGCAGCACGCAGUCUCGGUCAAUGAGCAGCACAGUAGAGAAAAGAAUCAAAGUAAAUCCUUUUCAAUGCAGGAACAGGAGCUCCGAGCACUCGGUAAGACCACCAUGACAGCGGCCAGCUUCAUAGAUGUGAUUAUCAUGCGUCAAAUUUCUUGCGAUAAGGGGAAGCGAGAAAGACGCUCGCUAAAUAACGACUCCACUAGUGAUGGGUUCCACGGAGGCUACAGCCCUGAUGGCGUUGAAGCAGUAAGCCCAGCGAGCUCACCCAGCGUAUCCCACGAGAAAGGGGCAAAGGUGCUGCCGGAUGUGGAGAAAGGGCACGGGGAGCACAACGUGAGACAAAAACAGCAAGCCUCCCUGAAGCUCUCUGCAGCAGAAGCAGCUCACAUGCAGCACCUGCGCCAGUUGCCCGAAGGCCAGCAAUCCCCAUGCCAGCUGCUGCAGUCGUCCCAGAACAUCAAAGGCCACCAGCAGCGGGUGGUCACGCUGGCUCAGCACAUCAGCGAGGUUAUCACACAAGACUACACGCGCCAUCAUCCUCAGCAGCUCAACUCCCACCUCCAGACCCCGGUGUACUCCUUCCCUGGGGCCACGUGUCCCGUGCUGGACCUGCGAAGGACGCCCAGCGAGGCUUACAUCCAGCCGCAGGAGCAUGCUCCGGCCUCCAGAAUCUCCCCGCAGAGCGAGGGAGACAAGAGAUCUCCUGAGCAGAGCAAAGCGUCUGCGGGGAGUGCACCAGAUGACUGCAUCGAGCCUGUCUCGCCACCAGACGGCAUGGGAGAGCCGGAGCACGCAAGGAGCACCUCGUACCCAAUCUUGUACCGAGAGGGAGAACAGUCAGAGCAGAGAAUGGGUUCCAAAUCCCCAGGAAACAACACCCAGCCCCCAGCCUUCUUCAGCAAACUGACCGAGAGCAACUCCGCCAUGGUGAAAUCCAAGAAGCAGGAGAUCAUCAAAAAGCUCGGCACGACCAACAGGAGCGAAACGGAGUACAAUGUUGGACAGCCUGGGACAGAGAUUUUCAACAUGCCAGCAAUUACUGGAGCAGGGCUAAUCAGUUGUAGAAGCCAGUCGGUUCAAGAAAAUUCCAGUACCAACAUGGGGUUGGAGGCAAUAAUUAGGAAGGCCCUAAUGGGUAAAUAUGACGAGCAGUGGGAAGAGCGCUCGCCUCUCAGUGCCAAUGCCAAUGCUUUUAACUCUCUGAAUGCCAGUGCAAGCGUGCCCGCUGCUAUGCCCAUAACCGCUGCUGACGGACGGAAUGACGACACGCGCUCCUUGCCAGGAGGAGGAGGAGGGAAGCCAAAGAUUGCUGCCAGACCCAACAGCCGCAAGGCCAAGUCUCCAGCACCAGGCCUGUCCUCCGGAGAGAGACCACCGUCUGUUUCUUCCGUUCAUUCGGAGGGGGACUGUAACAGGAGGACACCGCUAACCAGUCGAGUCUGGGAGGACAGGCCUUCGUCUGCAGGUUCCACGCCAUUUCCAUACAAUCCACUGACAAUGAGGCUUCCAACCGGCGUGGUGACAGCCCCGCCGCCAGCGUCCAUUCCACAAGGGAACUCCAUUGGCCAGCACCACGCCUGGGAGGAGGAGCCCAAGCCCCUGCUCUGCUCCCAGUACGAAACGCUCUCAGACAGUGAAUGAACGAAAGAGAGGGAGGAGAAGAGUGGACACGCGUGGGUAACGAGCUGGCCAAGGUGAACUCCGACCAUAUCAGUCCAUGGCGCUGUCAGCAAAGAUGCCGGAGCAGCGCUUUUCCAAUCGGUCGAUUUCUCACAUCAGGAAAUUUCUGAAUCCUCUUCAGUCUAAAGCCUUAAGACAGCCAGCUGGAACCCAGCCUAGUUCUCUUUCCAGCACUGGUGUCCUCACGCAGCAGCUGAGAGCUUGAGAUACAGUCUGUGAACAGCUGAUGGGAGGGGGGAGGAAGCUCCAAAGGAUGCAAUCGCUCACUGAAUCCCAGUUGUUUACUCAGGGGAGACCAGCUGGUGCUCCAGUUCUACUCCUUAGAUUCGGUGAGAACGAGGAAACCCAUGUUGGGAGGAGAGCGAGCGUGCUUGGGUGCAUGUGCAUAUACUAUAUGUGUGUGCGCCUAGGCACACAUAUAGCGUGUAUUCUCUGCCUGCACACCCGCGUUGCCUGCUAUCGAGUACUUGAAAUAGGAUUAGACUGCCCUCCCCCAGCCUCCAGGUUGUUCCAUGCAUUUAUCAGCCCACAGGCUGCGCCACUGAAUUAUAAAAUCAAAAGGGCCCCAUUUUGUUCCUCUUGGGCUGCUUGGGAUGUUCCUUUUACAGGCAUCCCCUGCAUGGGAUUAACUUCCCCAGCAGGCCCCGGAAAAGCUUAAACAAAUAAAAAUUAUGGCGGGGAGGGGGAAGACUAAGGAUCCAUUUAACAACAACAAAAAAGUCCUUCUGAGUGAGAAAUCCUUGGUUUAUCUUGUAAUCAAAAGAAGUUCCCCAUAUUGUGGUGCAUUAAUCCGCAGCUGAAGGGACUCCAUUGCUCGAAGUGCAUUGUUUCCUGAAUGGUGAGAAAAAGCAAUUGUAAAUGAUGUAUUGGUCUACAGGGUAUAUUUUUGAUACCUUCAGUGAAUUAUGUCAAGAUGUUUGACGUGAGGAAGGACUUAAAACAGUGUUACGUGCUGCUUUCAGUCUCGGCUCCUGGAAAAGAGGUUCUGUUAUUGCGUGCAAGAUUUGACGAGUUUGUCCAUUGUAUGGAAAUGUAAAAAAGGUCUCGUUGAUCCAUCACAGUUGUCUGUACGUCAGUAGAAUGUAUUAACUUAGUUUAAAAAAAAAAUGUUGCCACAACUGCAGGGCCUCCUCAUUAUUACAUCUACUGCUCUUAAGCCAAGCGGAAUUUUCUUCUCCUUACAGAGCUUUUCUCUCUGGCACGGAGAUCUCAAGGGAGCCUUUCCGAAGACCUUGUCAAGGUUUUUGUUUGCAGUGGGAGGGGAUUCGUGAGAAACUUAAAACGUUUGUAUUGUAUUUUUCUGAUGCACAUGGACGCUCUGCUUUAUAUUAUUUUUCAUUCCAUGAUGUUGGAUCAUCUUUGCAGUUACACGGUUCAAGAACAAAAUAUUAGACUUUUGUUUUUCCUUCACUUCUGCUUUCUCACUCUGGGGAUUUGGGGGGGGGAAAGAUGAUGUAUUAAAUGCUUUGCAUUCUGCACGCUAGAGGAAAGAAGACCAGGACAUAGACUUUCUGCCUCUCCCAUUGCCUGUUGGAACAGACAACUGCUGUGUUACAGAAUAUCUCUGAUCUGCUAGGAGUAUAUUGAAGAAAAAGGUUCACAUUGUCACACUAUCAAUGGGGUUUUUUCCUGACACUGUCCCAAGGGUGAUUCUAAUUUCAAAGCAAAAGAAAGAUUGUAUGUGGUGGUUGGUUGGGGUGUUUUUACAAUGUGCAGGUUUUUAACAUUCGCAGACGUUUGAGUCUUUUCUGUUGCGUUUUUUUGUUUGUUUUUUAAACGCGCAAAAUAUUUGGAAGUGUUUAUGUUCCCCAGGUGUAGCCGCUGGUGUGGCAUAGCUCAGAAGCAAAAAGUUGACAGCUGACGUUUUGGGUAUAAUAUUUUACAAACAAGUCGUGGGUUCUGCUGGGUGAAGUUCAAAUUCACCCCAUCUUUUCCCCCCGAUAGCCCUUUUAAAAAAACAAUUACACUGUCAGAACAGCCUAGCGCUGUAGUAAUAGUGAGGUCAGCUGCAGUGUCUUGCCAAAAACGUUGGCAAUUUUUUAAUGAGACAUGGACGCGCUUUUCACCGAAAUGUUUGCCGGAAAUCCAUCCCGUUUUUGACUGGUGCUGGAAGAGAAAAAAAUGUGAUUUGUUACAAAAAACAUUGCCAGUUUUCAGCCAGCUCUAGAGACGGAGACCUUUCAAUGUAGCUUUUUUCUGUUGGCAUGAGGGAUCCGAGCUUUGUCCCUUAGACUAGACCUCAGCAGUACCUGCAGUAGGUGACAGCAAGAGGAAAUAAACCCGAGUAGCCUGUGCUAAUGGACAGAGAAAGCUGGUCUCAGACGUCGGAGGGGUUGUCAUCCGGUCUUUGCUUAGCAGGAUAAGUGCCUAGAGCCCAGCAGUGCGAGCUGGAUGUGUGUGCAUUUCCCGCGUCUCGUGGGGAAUCUGGCUGGGUGGUGCAGAGGGAGUGGCAUUCUGCGUGAAAACUAGAGCUGAGCUGGGAGGAGGGGCUGGGAUUCUCUUCCGCAAUGGGCUGGUCCCUGAAGGUGGCCAUCAGAACGUGUCGGAUAAGUGAGACUCUUCCAGAAUUUAGGCUGGAAGUUUUACAGGGGGCCGAAGGGAGUUAGGCACCUGUCUAUCAUUGACCUUCAGGGGAAGCUUGGGAACCUUAACCCCUUUAAGCUCCUUUGAAAUUCCCAGCCCAACUAGCUUGGGUUUGCUGACAUAGCCUCCCCACCCCCCCAUGCCAGAUGUGCUGAUGUAGCACAAAUGAUAACAAACACCUGUCUAGAGCCGUUCCACUUCCCUCCUUCCCAUCCCCCCGCCCCAUUCAUGCUCAGCAAGGCCUCGCCCUAGACUCUCCUAGUCAAAGUGAAAACCCUUGGACAUCAGCAUGGACGGUUUGGGGUUAGACCCUUGGGCAUCCCCCACCGACAGGAAGAAAAGGAAACACCUGCAAAGUGCAGGGUUAAAAUAUAACUUGGCAAAGAGCCAUACAAACGUGCGUUGCUGUCUGAUGACGCCCGUUAUACUUGGCAACCUGGGCUGGGUGAACGUCACUGUGAUGUAGAAAGUCCUGUUACGUCAGAGGGGGGAAUAUCUAACGGGGAGGGAGGAGCCUUGGAAAUCCUUUUGAUGUCCAGGGCAGCCGCAGCUGUUUGUCUCUGCAGCCCCUCAGCUGCCCCAUUGCUUAUUUUAUACCCAAGGGAGGGUUUCGGGCAGAGGAGCAGGGGGGAGGGUCUCCUUGUUCAGCGCUGGCCACUGUUUCCUUCCGGACGUUUGCAGCGUAGAGGGUUUUAGCCCCAGAAGUCGAAUACCUUGGGAGCAGAGUGAGUCUUUCAAAGCCUUAAUUGACUGGUAAAUCUUGAACGAUUGGUCUCUUUUCUUCCCGGCACUUACUGCAUCCCAAGUGAUGAGUGGAACCACCUGGUACGUCCCUGUCGAAGUGGGGAGCUCGCUGCGUUUAAUGAGGACAGGCCUGGGAUUACUGAAAAAGAGAGAACCUCCAAAACCGCUCGGCAAAGGUCGUCUGUUAAAUCCAAACCUCUUUAGAUAUUGCUGAGACUCUUCGUCCGUUUGGGUUCUGUGCAGCAGUGCUCAUCUUAUAUGGCUGGAUGGACGUCAUCCUGUGGCUUCUGUGGUGCCUUGCCUUUGCUAAGGGGCGUGGAAGUGGUCACCUGGGCUUUAGGCACAUGCACUCACUGGAAGGAGUGACAGCCAGAGGCCCAAGGUGAGCUACCCAGGAAUGGUGGGUGGGUCUGUAGCAGCCAAGAGGUUCAAGCCUCUGUAGUUCUCUUCAGGCUAAAAGUAUUUCCUUCUGCGAGUAGCUCUGGGGAGAGGUGCUCUGGAGCAUGAAAUCCCCUAGCUGCAGAACAGGAACAGCCCAGUGCCCGUUCCCCGCUCUGCUCUGCAAGGGGGCCCCCAGGCCUGGCCUGCAGGGACCGGCUCUAGGGAGUGAGGAUGGCCCAUUUGGUUGUGAGUCUGCCCACAGCUGUCAGGUAGGGCGUGGUUCCUGCGGUCUGGGGUGAGGACAGAGAUCCACCGACUCGUUCCACGCAGGCAGUUGAAAUCAGGACUCUCAAGCAGUAAGCUGUCAGGCGUUGCCGCUUUGCCACAUGGAGCAGUUGGACAGCUCUUUUUUUCAACAAUGACAAACGACCGAGCUGGGAACUAGCCCAGGCUCCUCUUCACAGCGUCAAAUGCUCAAAGAAAACCUUGUUAGUAAGAUACUGUUCCACUCCUCUGUGUACAGUACCAGGAAAAAUCAAACCACCUCAGUGCCCCCACGGAUCCCCACCCUGCCUCUGAAUGCAGACAGGCAGUGCCCAGAACUCACUGAUGGCCUUUGCUAGGAUUGUUACUGGGAGAAGGCAGAAGGAUCUUUUUUAAAAGCUCCUGACCUCAGAUUUGCAGCUUUCCGAUUGGGCUAGAGUCUGACUGAAUUGUUCUGGCUCCUUGUUUGUCUAGACGCCUUCAUGGUAGGUGUUGAAUGAUUUUCAUUGGAAAAAAAUGUCCCCCCCCAAAAUCACGCACCAUCUGUCAUCGCCGUCCCACCUGUGCAGAUAUCCCUAGCGUGUGCCGCUGGAAGACACCCAGGGCAAACCCAAAAGCAUGUAGCGUUGCCAGAAAUAACAAACCUCCAAUAGCCACAUGUGCCUAGAACUUCUCUGGGCGUCCUUGAUGUGACAGAUCCAGCAUCAUUGAGUCUAAAGAUAGCCCCAAACCAAGCUGAAAAUGGGGUGGGGUGGGAAACAUACACAAGCUUGGAGUAGUCACAGUUCAUGGUAUCCUAGGCCAAGAUCCUCACAGGUAUUUAGCCAUUGGUGUCAAUGGAAGUUAGGUGCCUCUAUACUUUUGAGGAUCUGGGCAUAGGGCUUAGCUAUACUUUAAAGGGAUGUUUUCUUUUAGUAAGUGAGAAAUUGUAUUCCUAUUGAAAUUAGUGGCAAAACUUCCACAGACUUCCCCGGGGGCAGGAUCACAUCCUGUACCAUACGCAUGGUAUUUGGCCUAUGUGGGACCAAAGAAACACAGUGAGUAGGGUUAGACCUGAACUAAGAUUUAUCCAACUUGGGCUGUUUUUCUUUAUCCGGUUGAUAUCAGUGACUGGAAUAGAGCUGCCACCACGGAGUGCGAAAUGCAUUUGAUUGUUGUGCUUAUCUUAGGCAAACUCUUCUCCCGGUGUAAAUUUAUUCAGGUCCAAUCAGUGACGCUUACAUCAAUGUUGUCUACUUUGUCAGGAAAGAAUGGAGGGUAGCCUCUCUCGCUCAGUGAUCCGGAAUAGAAAUAGGUGACCCAGGAUGUUGAGAGUGUGUAUUCUGUGUCACUGAGGACUGGUGUUUUUCUUAUAGUUACAGUACUUGGUAUUUCAGUGUUACAGGGCUGAGCAUGAGCCAGUCUUUUGCACAAAGCUGCUGGAACAAGCAACUAUUGAACUUAGAGACACUAAGAUUUCAAAACUGUAACCCCACCUCAGCCCUCCGCUCGGUUUUGGGUUUUCAAGGGACUGACCCUUUUAAGAGACUUUCCCCAAUGUCAUUGGCUCGAUGGUAUUAGUCUGACAGGGGGGUGUUUUUACUCACUAGUAGUAUGCUGAGGUGUGUGGCCAGGAGCCUGUUGCUUUAGGUUUCCGGGAUGCAGUGCUAAGGAGACAUGUUGUAAAUACGCUGGUCACUUCUGAUGUUUAUCUAACAUGUUCUUGCUCACCUGCCCGGGUGCCUUUGAAUACAAGGGACUGGCGUCUUCUCCAGUGUUUGUGACUACAGCCACGUGUACAUUCCACACAGGGAUUCGGGAAUGGCUGUCCCUUCAAAACCAGGUACUUGUGCCCAGAUACUGUAAAUUCUGUGUGUGUGUGUGUGUGUGUGUACACUCCUAGACUGUGUGUGUGUGUGUGUAUAUACAUAGAUCUCCAUAUGCAUGUGUGUGUAGGUGUGCGCACACACGUGCUUUUACAUGUGCCUGAAUCGAUGUAUUGGCAUAUAUCCAUGGAUGUACUAAACAUACAAGCUGGAUUUUGGUAAAUCAGGUUCACCACAAUUCAGCCAAAUUCAGACUCCAUUGACCGCAACUCCCAUAUAAGGUGAGCACUGUCUGUGUUAGCUGAAAGGAAAGACAUUUUUCAUACAAAACUGUCCGCAUAAUCUCUGUCAGAUUUUGGUGACCUAUGUCUUUGUGCUACCUGCUAUGAUUUUUAUUGAUCGUGCAAUCAAAAAUGGAGGUUAUAUUAAACUAUUUAAAGAAAAAGGUUUGAAGUUAGUGUAACCAACUUUCUAAUUUGUACAAACAAACAAAAAGAUAAAAGGACAAUUUAUUGUUUGACCUGUACAAGGGGGAAAAAAAAUCUAUCUUUUGUACAACCAAAUUGUGCAUAGCUGUUUUGAAGCGAGUUGUAUGAUAGAACGAACUGUAUAUAGAACUGAUGAGUUGUAAAUAUUUAUGCGGCUUGCUAUAAAGGGUUGGUUUUCUUCUA